AUGGCGUCUGCUUUGGAUGUGGCUGCUGCCCGAGCGGCAUUCCCAGCUCUUGAAGGAGAGCAGAUUUACAUGGAUAAUGCAGGAAGUCAAGUUCUUGGCACCGUUGCGGAUUCUAUUCACUCCUACUUGCUGAAUACCAACGUCCAGCUUGGUGCUACCUACAAGACUUCUCAGACUUCAACUGCAGCUUAUGAAAAUGGAUAUAAGGCUGCGGCAGGCUUUAUCAAUGCGCAGCCAGAAGAGAUCAGCCUUGGAGUAUCAACCACCCAGUUACUACACAACCUCUCUACGGCACUCAAGUUCCAGCCUGGCGAUGAGCUCAUCGUGUCCAAGCUCAACCACGAGGCUAACAGUGCACCCUGGGCCCGCAUCGCGGAGCGCCUCGGGUUAACCGUGAAGUGGUGGGCAUCGUCCGACCCAAAGAAUCCUACGUGUGAUGUUGCAGAUUUGAAAACCCUCUUGUCAGACAAGACUCGUCUGGUUGCAUGUCCACAUGCUUCGAAUAUCACUGGCACUAUUAGUCCUAUUCGGGAGAUUGCCGAUGCUGUCCAUGCUCACCCGAGAGCACUCCUCUGCGUUGACGGUGUCGCCCUCGCACCCCAUCGCCAAGUCGACGUUCAAGCCCUCGGUGUAGAUUUCUACGCAUUCUCGUGGUACAAGGUAUACGGUCCCCACUUGGCACAACUCUACGCCUCCUCUCGCAUCCAUGAUGAAAUCAACUCGCUAGCACACUUCUUCAAACCCACCAACACGCUAGACCUAAAGCUCAACCUAGCCUCGGCCAACUACGAGCUCACCCAGAGUAUCCCCGCCGUGGUGGCGUACUUUGGUGCUGAUCCCGGCGCAACGUGGACGGCCAUGGUCGCGCAUGAGGAACGCCUGCAGGGCAUCCUGUUGCGGUUCCUGGUUGCGCAUGACCGGGUCACGAUCAUCGGUGAGCCAUCGGCUAGUCAAGAGCUACGGGUGCCGGUAAUUAGUUUCGUCGUGUCCGGGGUGCAGAGUCAGCGGUUGGUUGAGGCUGUUGAGGCGCGGUCUGCGUAUGGGUUCCGGAGUGGCCAUAUGUAUAGUCAUCGGUUAUUGAAGGAUGUGUGUGGAUUGGAGGAUGUGGAUGAUGGGGUGGUGAGAGUGAGUUUGUUGCAUUACAAUACUGAGGCGGAGGUGGCGGGGCUAGUGACCGUUCUCCAGGAGGCUCUGGCAGAGUUGUAG